AUGAGUAGGAAGCAUAGAGGGAAGGGGGAGGUAUCGAAUGGUGUAACAGACAUUUGGAAGAAUAUAUGGAAAUUGAACAUUCCUGGAGUAGUGAAGAUGUUUGUAUGGAAAGCACUGAAUAAUUGCUUACCAACAAAGUGGAAUCUGGCUUGCAGGAAGGUUAUUAGGGAUUAUCUCUGUCCAAUAUGCAAAUUACAGAAGGAAACAGUUACACAUGCUCUAUGGAGUUGUGGUGGGGCUAUGGAUGUAUGGGCAGACAAAGCAAGCCCAGUGCAGAAGUGGGCAUCUACUGAAAGAGAUAUGCAAGAGUUAUGGGUAGACUGGCAAGCUGCAGCCAGUUUAUCUGAGUUUCAGCAAGCUCAAAAACAGAAUGCAAGGUGCCAAAUGGUUGGAACAAGGCAAAGAGACCUGUGUCGAUGGACAGCUCCUGCAACUGGCCAAAUAAAAGCAAAUUGGGAUGCAACAUUAAAAAUAGAAAAAGGGAGAAUGGGAGCAGGUGUAGUGAUAAGAAAUGAGAAUGGGGACCUUAUGGUAUCUGUGUGCUCUCAAAAGCAGAAUGUAUGUAGCUCUUUGGUAGCUGAGCUUCAAGCAUUAUGGUGUGCAUUGCGGAUUUGUGCAGGUCUAAAUUUGACAGAGGUAGUUUUUGAAGGAGAUGCAUUGAACAUAGUUAAGGCUGUUAAUAAUCCUGAGACUAAUUGGGAAUGGCAUGGUCAGCUGGUAGAAGAUGUUAAGGAUAUAUUGAAGAACAGGCCAAUGUGGAAGGUUAUACAUACAUAUAGAGAAUGUAACAGAGUAGCUCAUUUUCUUGCAAAAUUCUCCUUAACUGUAAAUGGGGAACAAAUAUGGAUAGAGGAGGGUCCUGCAGGUAUUCAAUACUAUGUAAUGAAGGACAAAACUAUAACGAAUACAGAUGAAUGA